AUGGGAAUGGGAAAGGGAAGGGAAGGGACCCAGAAAAGUCGCCGAGGAAUUGGGGGUUGGAAAGGUAAAAGGCUAAAAAUGCCCGAAAGGCAAAGUGAAAAUGAGAGAAGGGGACGCCUCUGCCCCAUCUGUCGGUCAUCGCCUCGAAUUCCUCGCCCUGAGCCUGAGCUCUAA